UUAUGUGUUUUUAAAUCGUUGGGCUAUCCGAAAUCAAGAUAUACAGCGUGGCGAUAUAGUCUGUAUCACAUCUCCCAAAGUGCCAGAUCAAACACUCAUCAAAAGAGUUGUAGGACUUGCUGGAGACAUUGUGGACACUCGUGGAUAUAAAAUCAGUGCUCUUCAAAUACCAGAAGGAUAUUGUUGGUUGGAAGGAGAUCACGUUGGGCAUUCUAUGGACUCAAAUAUCUUUGGACCAAUUUCUCUGGGUCUAGUAACAGCAAAAGCUACUCAUAUAGUUUGGCCACCAAAUAGGUGGCAACAGUUAUAUCCUACAAAGUUUAAUCAUGCGAGCUGUUAGCUUUGUAAAGAAACUACAAUGGGAAUUACCUGGUACUGUAUGCAGGCAUGGCUUAACAAUAGGAGAUGUCGACAAUGAUGGUGACAAUGAAUUAGUCGUCGGUACUACUGAGGGAGAACUUUACAUCUUCAAGGGAUCAGAAUUAUGGCAGAAGAUAACGGGUCUUGGUCUUAUAACUAGUGUAGCAAUUGGAGAUAUUUUUAAUUAUGGACGCAAUGCACUUGUUGUCAUCUGUGGUGAUGGAUGGACACAUAUAUUUUAUAGUCCUAGAUCUGUCAAUCCUAAUAAUGCAAAUGUACCUGUAAGUCAACAUGCUGGAAAAGAUGCAAAUGAACAAGAUAACUUCAAAACAAAUAUCAGUGAUAUAAUAAAUUCCCAAAACUUGGAACAUAUUGACAAUAUUACUGAAAUUAAUGAACUUUCUGGAAAAAUGGAAUGUGUGCAUGUACAAAGAAUUCCAACCAAUACAAAGAUAGUAUUGAUAGCUGAUGUUGAUAAAGAUGGUGCCAAUGAGAUGAUUCUUGGUCUAACAGAUCGUGUUGUCAGAUCCUAUAGAUGGUCAAGUAAUGCUGAUUUAGAAACAGGAAAAUUGAUUGGCUUAAAUAAAUGGGAAUGCACUAAUCAAAUAGGAACAGUUACAUUGCAGCAUACUGGGGAUGGUACACCAACUCUGUUGGUUGCACAACCUGGUGGUACAUUUAUGCGGAUUAAAUGCAAUUCCGCCGAUUGCCAUUCAAAAGAUACUUCUUGUGAGGCUGUUGAUUAUCAAACAUUAGGAAUAUCUAGGAUGCGUAAUCAAAAUAUUUCAACUGAGAUUAUUGGAGAUUUAGAACCAGGAACGACGCCGUUUAUUUCGACGCUUGAGCCUAAAAUGCCUAAUUACAUGCCUAAAGAUAAAUCGUCAAAACAAAACUUUGCAGACGAUAGUCAACUGGGUAUGAAAACCUCCAAGUCCGGCUCGCUCGAAUUUAAAAGAAAUUAUUCGCAACCUGUGAUUCGAAAAAAUAGUCUGGAUAUGACAGGCGAACAUACUAGAGAUUUUACAAGAAAUCAACAAAUAGUUAAAUUUUAUAAUCCUGCGGAUUCUUCAAGUGAUGAAGUCGAUGGCAACUUCAUUGGUGGCAAGGUUAUUCUCGGAGAAUUUGACGAAGAAUUCAACGGAAAAUUCAAGAAAAAAAAAGAUACGCUGUUGCCAUCUUUUAAGAAUUUUUCCAUUGAUGAUAAAAAUAAGAAUAAAAGUAAUAAUAAUAACAAUGAUACCAAUAAUAUGAAUCAACAUGAGAAAAAAGAUAAGGAUUUGAAUAAUAUAGUCAAUAGUGAAAAUGUUCCAAAAGGAAAACCUUAUGCCUUGGCAACGCUUGAUGGAACUAUUAUGUUAGUGCAGGAUGAAGUCAUCUUAUGGGCUAUGCAAGUAGAUCAUCAGAUAUUUGCUUUAUGUCGAUUGAAUGUCACAGGUAAUAAUUCCGAUGAGAUAAUUGCCUGCGCUUGGGAUGGUCAAACUUACAUCUUAGAUCAACAACGGCAUAGCGUACGUUUUCAGUUCGAAGAACCAGUCAGAGCUUUUUGUACCGGAAAUUACAACGUAACUCCAGGAACAUCUAGUCCUAGUCUAGUGUACAACACUUUUAACAACAAGAUUUUUCUCUACUACGAUGUUAUUCUUCCGAGCAUGACAAUCAGUCCUCUAAAUCCGAUGAAAGACUUUGAAUCUGAGGAAAUGCAAACCUUAAAGGAAUUAUUGGGUGAAUGUAGUACUAAUGAAAAGCAGCAAAAGAUGCAACAAUUAACCGAAUGGCUAUUAUAUGGCAUACAUUAGCAUACAUUAUAAAACAAAUAAUAUAUUGAUAGGGAGAUGUGUAAUAAAAUAUGCAUUGAAUUUUAUUUUUGUUUCUUACAUUUCUCAUAGUAUCAGUAUAAUGUUAGAAAUGAAAAUAAAUCGAUCGAAGAUAAUUGUCUCUAAACGCGUCUAAUUUUUAUUAAAAAAUAUAUCCGAAUGAUUAUAAAAUGAGUU